CACAGCGAAGCGAUCCUUGAGAUGUUGAUUGCGAAAGGUGCCAACCCUGCUCGGGAUCCGGUAGCGCUUCGCAAGAGUCUUCGAAGAUCGCCUCACAUCCUGCCGCUGCUGUUACGACAUGGCGCCAAGCCGAGCCGAUUAGACCUUGGGUUUGCCUGCGAAGGUCUAGAUGAAACGCGAGCUGCUGGUCUGUUUCUCCAGCAUGGUGCGGAUGCCUACCUAGGCGAGCCCAGUGCUCCUUACCUGGCCAUUGCAGCCACAUUUCAUGGCGCAGGCACUAUGAGACUGCUUCUGCGUCAUGGCGCUGUGGUCAACGACAUGACUUGGAAGGGCUUGACGGCCCUCGAGGCAGCUUGUGUGUCCUGGCCUGAAUGGAGGAACGACAACAUGGAAAUCGUGCAACUCCUCCUGAGCGGCGGCGCAGCGGUCAACAGGCAAGAGGGGCACAGCAUUGCACUCACCAAUGCGUGCAGUGAUGGUAAUAUCGCAAUCAGCCGCAUGCUGCUGGAGCACGGCGCUGCUGUCAACAGAGCCGCGGAGGGCGGCGGCACGCCUCUCUAUGCUGCGUGCCGCAAUUUUGGGGGACACGGGUGCGAUAUCGAUCUCUUGUGGCUUCUCCUUGAGCAUGGGGCGGAUCCCAACGGCCGAGGCGCCCGCUGGGGCACGCCUCUGCAGGCCUUGUGUGGUUCCUGUGAAUAUAGAGAGGUCGACAACACGGCACUGGUCAAAGGUUGCGCAUUGCUGCUCACUCGUGGGGCAGACCCGACCGUGUGUGUUGAAGGGUCUCCAUACGGCUCGGCCUUGCAUGCGGCAUGCUACCACGGCCUGGUCAGUGUUGUCGAGCUGCUGCUCAGACAUGGCGCCGACGUCAACGCGCCUGGCGGAUCUGCCACUCCGCUACAGCAAGCCUGCGCGUCACGUGCUGCAUCAACACGUCGUGCCUCAGACAUCAAACGCUUGGUAGAGAUGCUGCUCGACCACGGCGCGGUGCCUUCCGCCCCUGCAGGCAAGCACGGCAGCGCCUUGGAGGCGGCAAGAAAACACAAUCCAAGCGUUGUGCCACUUUUGGUAAGGCACGGCGCUGUAUUGAGCGAAGCCGUCGGCCGAGAAGUUUCGGACACCGGCAAUGGUGAAUGACGGAUGGAUGGCAUGGAGAUGCUUCGAUGGGUUACGUAGGCAAGAUAUAUUAGUCGCACAAAGCGCCGUCUUGAAUCGGUGGGAAGGGCUAGGCCUCACAUGGUCUUGCCUCGAAUCCGAUCUUUAAUGAUUACGGACAUCACCUUGACCUCGACCUUCGCCCUGGAGUUUCAAUUCCUACGGAUCUCACAACGGACGGCGGGGGACCAGGUGCUCUACACUAGCACAGCAUUCCUCGCCCAGCUUAGCCAAUUGGAUGCUGCGUUAGCACUGG